UGAAUAUUUUCUCCAUGUGCGGUGUGCUCUGGGAAAUUACGUCAUCUUCUCCGGAUGAAAUAGGCUAAUCAUUGUUAUCGCCGAACCUCACUGUCUCUCAGUGCACAAGGAACGAGAAAGCCAUGGCUGAUUUGGGAAAGAUCGAGCACUCUCACGUACUCAUUCAUGGCAACAUCGGAAGCCUCAAACUUCACAUCGCCCGAAUCGGAAAAGGGGAACUGGGGACGGUGGUCUUCCUGCACGGCUUCCCGGAGAUAUGGUACACCUGGAGGUAUCAGAUGAUAGCCGUCGCCGACGCAGGGUUCCAAGCUAUCGCUCCGGAUUUCAGAGGCUACGGCCUAUCCGAUCAACCGCCGGAGCCCGAGAAAGCCACUUUUGACGAACUCAUCGAUGAUCUCCUCAGUAUUCUAGACGCACUCGAUGUCCCCAAGGCCUUCCUAAUCAGCAAAGAUUUCGGAGCAUUUCCAGCUUACACUUUCGCCGUCAAGCAUCCGGAUCGCGUCCAGGGUUUGGUAACUCUCGCUCCCCGAUCGGCUUCAAGGAAAGCUUCUCUCCCCGAGGGAUUCUACAUCAAUAGAUGGAGGGAGCCAGGGCGAGCAGAAGCGGAUUUCGGUCGGCAUGACGCUAAGACGGUCGUGAGGAACAUCUACAUCCUCUUUUCUAAAAGCGAGAUCCCCAUAGCAGCUGAAGGUCAAGAAAUCAUGGAUCUAGUUGAUCCUUCCACGCCACUCCCGCCAUGGUUCACGGAGGAGGAUCUCGAGGCCUACGGUGCCCUCUACAAGAACUCCGGCUUCCGCUUCCCGCUGCAGAUCCCAUAUCGGCAACUGAGGGUGGAGCAGCCGACGACGGAGGAUCCGACGAUUAAGGUGCCGGCAUUGCUGAUAAUGGGGGAGAAGGAUUACGUGAUCAAAUUUCCGGGGAUGGAACAGUACGUGAGGGGUGAAACGCAGAAAAAAUUUAUACCUAAUCUGGAGCUCAAAUUCCUGCCGGAAGGAUCGCAUUUCGUCCACGAGCAGAAUCCGGAAGAGGUGAACGGGAUCAUCCUCGAUUUCCUCAAGAGAAAUGUUUGAAGCUCGUCUGGAUUAUAUAAGAACUACUGUUACUGCUUGCCUAUGUAUCCAUCAAUAACCAGAUUGGAUGCAGUUGAUUCUGCAGCUUAUAAGAUCUGGCUGUCUGGUUUCCGGAAUGAAAUUAGUGUUUUGCAAUAUAGUGAUGAUUGGUUGCUUCCAA